AUGGAGUGGGACGAAGAUGUUUUUGGACUUGAAUAUGACCUGGACCUCUUCAAUAUUGUUGCUGUGCCAGAUUUUAAUAUGGGGGCCAUGGAAAACAAAAGCUUGAAUAUUUUCAAUUCUAAGCUUGUACUGGCUUCUCCAGAGACUGCUUCAGAUGCAGAUUAUGCUGCAAUAUUAGGAGUUAUUGGCCACGAGUAUUUCCACAAUUGGACUGGCAACAGAGUGACAUGUCGCGACUGGUUCCAGCUUAGUCUGAAGGAAGGUCUCACUGUUUUUCGUGAUCAGGAAUUCUCAUCUGACAUGGGAAGUCGUACUGUAAAGCGGAUUGGUGAUGUUUCAAAACUUCGGAAUUACCAGUUUCCACAGGACGCAGGUCCCAUGGCCCAUCCAGUGCGACCACACUCUUACAUCAAGAUGGACAAUUUCUACACAGUCACGGUAUGUUCAUGUGGGGCUGAAGUUGUUCGAAUGUACAAAACCUUAUUGGGAAGUCAAGGGUUUCGAAAGGGCAUGGAUCUAUAUUUUAAGAGACAUGAUGGGCAAGCUGUAACAUGUGAAGAUUUUUAUGCUGCCAUGCGGGAUGCAAAUGAUGCAGAUUUUGCAAAUUUCUUAUCAUGGUACUCUCAGGCUGGGACUCCAGUUGUUAAAGUAAAUACUUCUUAUAAUGCAGAAGGACAUACAUUUUCCUUGAAGAUUAGUCAAGAGAUACCACCAACUCCAGGGCAGUCAGUUAAGGAACCCACGUUAAUUCCUAUUGCAGUAGGUUUGCUUGAUUCAAAUGGCAAGGACAUUCCUCUUUCCUCUAUUUAUCAUAACGGAGCUUUGGAACCCGUUUCAAGCAGUGGCCAAUCAGUAUCCACUACAGUCCUUAGAGUCACUAAGAAAGAAGAAGAGUUUGUAUUCACUGAUAUAUUUGAGAAGCCUGUUCCAUCUUUGUUAAGGGGAUACAGUGCUCCUAUUCGUCUUCAAUCUGAUCUUACUGAGGACGACCUGUUUUUCCUAUUAGCCAAUGAUUCUGAUGAAUUCAACCGAUGGGAGGCUGGACAAAUUUUGGCACGAAAAUUGAUGCUCAACUUGGUGGAUGAUUUCCAAAAUAAUAAGCCAUUGGUUUUAAAUUCCAAUUUUGUUGGUGGGUUCAAGCGUAUACUAACUGAUUCAAGUCUGGACAAAGAAUUUGUGGCCAAGGCAAUAACUCUGCCUGGCGAGGGAGAAAUAAUGGACUUGAUGGAAGUUGCAGACCCUGAUGCUGUUCAUACUGUUCGGUCUUUCAUCAGAAAGCAGCUUGCUAGUGAACUGAAAUCAGAGUUCCUUAGCACUGUAGAAAAUAAUAAGAGCUCAGGAGAAUAUGUGUUUGAUCAUUCAAACAUGUCUAGACGAGCUUUGAAGAAUGUUGCUCUUGCUUAUCUUGCUUCCCUUGAGGAUCAAGAAUUCACCGACCUUGCACUUCAAGAAUACAAAACUGCUACAAAUAUGACUGAACAGUUUGCAGCAUUGGCAUCCAUAGCCCAGAACCCUGGUAAAAUUCGUGAUGAUGUUCUUGCUGACUUUUAUGAGAAGUGGCAGAAUGAUUACUUGGUUGUGAACAAAUGGUUUGCUCUUCAAGCUGUGUCUGACAUCCCUGGUUUCUGCGGGUCCCCUGUGAAUUUCCAUGCAAAGGAUGGAUCUGGCUAUGAGUUUUUGGGAGAUAUUGUGCUGCAACUUGACAAAAUAAAUCCUCAGGUUGCAUCAAGAAUGGUGUCAGCCUUCUCAAGAUGGAAACGUUAUGACGAGACCAGACAAAAACUUGCAAAGGCCCAGUUGGAGAAGAUCUUGUCUUCUAAUGGCCUAUCAGAGAAUGUGUUUGAAAUUGCUUCGAAAAGCUUAGCUGCUUAA